AUGUUAAAACACAAUAUAUGGAUUACACUUUUAACAACGCUUCUCAUUGCAAUUAUCUCGAUAAUGCGAUCCAUAGAAGCUCUUCCCUUAAAAUUACGUUCUUCUACCUUGCCACCCUCCGUGGCGACGGCUCCUCCCGUGACGCCCUUAUCGGGUAUGAAUGCUCCCCCUCCCACUACUGUGAAUCCAAAGUUUGGUGUUUCGCCAAAGAAUCCUCAGUACCAACAACCUCCUUCCGAAAAAAGUAAUCCUAUUGCUACGAAUACUAACCUUCCCGUUAAUUCCGUACCGUUGCCUGCCACACCAACGGAGGAGGUGAAUACGGCACCCGGACAUAUUGCUCGAUCCGCCGAAAUACCUACUAAUAAUCUACACAAUCAAAACUUUGUACCAUUUAUGUACAAACGCGCUAAUAAUGCGUAUAGGAUUCCUUAUAAUAUUCAUAAAAGAAGUUUUAUUCCGAAUUUUGGUAUGAUGUAUCAUAAUAACCCUUUGUAUAGGCGUAAUAGUGGUCCGUUAAUUCCUAUUCUUGGUGGUGAAGAAGCUGAAUUACUUUGUGGAAUCGUUGCGCAAUGGCGUCGAAAAUUAUUGCCAAUAACUUCAGUAACAUCUUCAUUUUUAAUAAAAAAAUUAUGUGAUGUCGGUGCUCAUCAUUCUGCAUUUAAUAUGUUAGCUGAUAGAUCAAAGUAUGCUCUAAAACCGAAUAUUGAUAUGUUUAGAUUAAUUAUGUUAGCUUAUGAAAAUGAACUUGUUGAGAGUACACAAAAUAUAGAAAAUACUAACAAAAGUAUUGAGAGUACACAAAACAUAGAAAAUUAUAACAAAGAUGUUGAAAGUACACAAAACAUAGAAAAUACCAACAAAGAUAUUGAGAGUACACAAAACAUUGAAAAUGAUAAUAAAAGUGUUGCUGAAUUAGUAUUAGAUGACUUAUACAGAACUUUUGGUUUAAUGCCAUAUUAUGAUGUACCACAAUUUGAUGUACAUCUUUAUACAAUCAUGUUAUCAGCAUCUAUGAAAAUAGGAUCAUGGAAAUUAUGUGACGAAGUAGGUAGAGAACUUAUGGACCAUUUAAAUAAUUUAUAUGAAGAUGAUAAAGGAAUGUUUGAAGAGUAUGAUGAUGAAAUAAGGAUAUCACGGUUAAAAUCAUGCUUAAAUGGACUAAAAAUAUUAGAAGAAUGGUUUAGAGAAGGAAAAAUAAUAACGGAAAAGUGGUUUGGAGAAAAUGAGAAAUCGACAUUUGGGGAUAAACUUAAGGUUUUACAAGAACGAUGGAAAAAUGAAAUAGAAAAGUUACGAAAAAAAGGGGCAUCCAUGUGA